AUGGUGAUGGCGGCGGAGGGGCGGCGGGGGGACGCGGAGGCGGAGCUGAACCUGCCGCCGGGGUUCCGGUUCCACCCGACGGACGAGGAGCUGGUGGCGGACUACCUCUGCGCGCGCGCGGCCGGGCGCGCGCCGCCGGUGCCCAUCAUCGCCGAGCUCGACCUCUACCGGUUCGACCCGUGGGAGCUCCCGGAGCGGGCGCUCUUCGGGGCGCGGGAGUGGUACUUCUUCACGCCGCGGGACCGCAAGUACCCCAACGGCUCCCGCCCCAGCCGGGCCGCCGGGGGCGGCUACUGGAAGGCCACCGGCGCCGACAGGCCCGUGGCGCGCGCGGGCAGGACCCUCGGGAUCAAGAAGGCGCUCGUCUUCUACCACGGCAGGCCGGCGGCGGGGGUCAAGACGGACUGGAUCAUGCACGAGUACCGCCUCGCCGGCGCCGCCGCCAAGAGGGACGGCGCCUCGCUCAGGCUCGACGACUGGGUGCUCUGCCGCCUCUACAACAAGAAGAACCAGUGGGAGAAGAUGCAGCGGCAGCGGCAGGAGGAGGAGGAGGCGGCGGCCAAGGCUGCGGCGUCACAGUCGACCUCGUGGGGUGAGACGCGGACGCCGGAGUCCGAUGUCGACAACGGUCCGUUCCCGGAGCUGGACUCGCUGCCGGAGUUCCAGGGAAUGGGGACGACAAACGCGGCGAUACUGCCAAAGGAGGAGGUGCGGGAGCUGGGCAACGACGACUGGCUCAUGGGGAUCAGCCUCGACGAUCUUCAGGGCCCCGGCUCCCUGAUGCUGCCCUGGGACGACUCCUACGCCGCCUCGUUCCUGUCGCCGGUGGCCGUGAUGAAGAUGGAGCAGGACGUCAGCCCAUUCUUCUUCUGA